AUGGAACUCUCCAAAUCGCUGCGCAUCUUUCUGUUCCUCCUGCUGUCUUUUGGUAAGAGAACUGGUGGCAAUGUGAUGUGGACCUCGGAGGGGCGGUGGUGGUCUAGAUGCAUCAUAGCAACACAGGAAGCUGCUUUCUCCUGAGCUUGACCGUUAGUCCACCUAGCUCAGUAUUGCCUAUGCCAGUGUUCUCCAAAUUUGUGUCUUUACUGGGCUGCCUUUCCAGGUGAGGCCCACUGCCACAAGGUCCUAUACACAGAGAGGCUUUGUAUUUGUGGUCAACCACAGGUGGAAGGUAUUUUUAUGCUGUUUUUUGUUGUAGUGUUUUUAUUACUCAUUUUAUGUUAGCCUGCCGCUUAUACAGAGACCCAUGAGAUUGCUUUCUGAAAGCCUUUGUUCACACAUGCAAACAGGUACACCCUGGCAUAAAUGGUCUGGUUGAUUUUGACUGACAAUAAUAGCUUUCUGACACGAUGCUCUCUGUGCACUGGCUGCAAAAAUAUAAAUAAAUCAGGAGACAGGAGUUAGAUAAAAUCUCUAUAAAUUGUGGCGAUUCAAAGGUUUAAUUUGAAAACAAGCUGGAUUUGAGUUUGUUGAUGUCUCUGGUAACCUCUCUAUUACACCAUGGAUGUUGGCUCAUAUUGUGGAUGUAUGUAUUUGUAUGGUUUUAUUGGUACUGUUGUUGUGGGUUCGUCCUGGCCUAUGGCUAGAACAACCUAUAUUGAUUGAUGGGUAUUCUAAUGAAGAAUGUUGGUCACCAUCCCAGUGAGCUUUCUUGGUCUGUGUUGCAGUGUCAGCGCACCGUAACCGGAUCAUUGGAGGCGAGGAGUGCCCUACAAAUAGUCAUUCUUGGCUCGCUCUGCUCUACGACUCUGACACGCUUCUAUGCUCUGGAAUGUUGAUCACCCCCGACUGGGUGCUCACGGCUGCUCACUGCUACAUUUGGUGAGGAAAAUGUAUGGUAAAAAUCCAAUGCCAGGUCUCUGGCUAUGGUUCAAGGUGCUUCUUAGGAUCUUUAGCGAUCAGAGUGUGCGUUUUGAAGGGCUCUCAUAAGGUCAGAUCUUUGCUUUUACAUAGCACCAUUGUCAGGCUUCAGACAAUCCGAUCCCCCUCCCUCAUGGCUGGCAGCAAGAAAUGGGAAAACAAGAAGUUCUUACCAAAGGUAAUUUAUUCAAUAUUCACAGAGAGAGAUGCAAGAUGGCGCCUCUUAGAUAAUGGUGUUGCUCCGAGUAAAGUCCCACCCCCUCCAUCUCUCCUAUUAUACGCCAUCCCUAUCUAGCUCAUCUGAGCUUUCUGUUCUACUUUCAGUGCACGCCGGACCUGGAAGGGGGUGGUCUGGCAUGCUUUCCAAAGACACUGAAUCUGUCAGCUGUCUCUCCCCUGGUGCUUCUUCUGCUUCCUCCUCCUCCUGCUCUCCCAGUAUUUCCCAGCUUCUCCUUGCUGCAGCCUCUGAACUAUGACCUUCUGCAGACCACUGUUCUAAAUCCACACGGUGUCCCUCUUCUCUGGGAAGUGCAGGAGGAAGGGGGGUGGUCUCCACCAUUCCUCCUCAGUCCAGUCCCUGACAACCAUAACAGUUCACCAUGUGUAUUACGGUCACAUCUUACAGGCAUUCAGCUUGUGCAGUUUCAACCGUACAUGGCGGAAGGCGGGCCAGUGAGAGAGCUUAAAAGUUCUUUUUGCACCAGGCCAGUUUGCAGUUAUCCAGCAUGGGAAGAGCUUUGAAGCUCUCUCUCUGCCUCGCUGACAGGUAAGGCUUGCUCUGCACGCUGGUCCUGGAAGGCUCUUGCAACAUCUUGCAGUGCUGUGCAAGCUCCCACAGAUCUCACACUAGCCUCCCUUGGGGCAGAACUAGAAUUUGUUUACCCUAUCUAUCUAUCUAUCUAUCAUCUAUCUAUCUACCAUCUAUCUAUCAUCUAUUUAUCUAUUUCCUUAUUGACUGUACAAAAUCAACACAGAAAGUGUACGCACAAAUGAUUAGCUAGGGACAGAACAAUUCUGAAUAUUCAGUUUAUAAAUCUAUUACAUAACUCGUUUAUUUAUCUGUUGUUCACUUAGAAAAUAUUUAAGUCCUACUGUUUUACCCCACAUUCAGAGAAACAUGUGUGAGUGGUGCAGACAGAUCUGAUUAAAAAUAUAUAUAUUACUUGGCUCUGACAGCCAUGGACUCUGGCUCCACCAGGUGGUGGCCUCCCUGAGUUCCGCCCUACCAGUCUCAAUGGGCAUCAGUCACCACUACCCAGUGCCACUCUUUAGGUGUAGGGACAGCAUCAUUGCUUGGCAACACCCAUGCACAAGAGGGAGAUAGUGAUAGGCUAGAAGCACACAAAAUCUUUAGAAGAAACCAAAACCUUAGAGCAGGCAUGUCCAACAGGUAGAUCGUGAUCUACCAGUAGAUCACUGGACGUCUGCAGUAGAUCACUGGUAGAUCAUUGACUCCCCCAAAAGAAGCUGAACAACUGUGCCUCCCCUAAAAAAAAACUCAACACUUUACCUCCUCCCUGAAAAAACAACUUUGACCCGAACCCCCCCAAAAUGGGCCUUCCUCCUUCCUAAAAAAACUCAACAACUUUGACCUGAACCCCAAAAAAGGGGGUAGAUCACUGCAAGUUUUUAAAUCUGUGAGUAGAUCGCAGUCUCUUGGGAGUUGGCCACCCCUGCCCUAGAGGGGUAGAGAACUAGGGUGGCCGUGUGCCCUGCUUUACCGUGGGCAGUCCUUUAUUUGAAGAUCUCACCAUCUUCAGGCCAGAGUCCAUGACAGAUAUCCACUCCAAACAACAGUGAGACCAACCUGUCCAUUCAGGCCUUGCUUUGAGAAAGUCCUGUGGUCUUUACUUUUUGUCUUCUAGUGGAAACAUCCAGGUAAGGCUCGGAGCACACAACAAAGAUGACUAUGAGCAGUUAAGAGUCAGCACGUUGAAGAAAUGCCCCGGUGACAAUUGCUCGUGUUUUACCGACGACAUCAUGCUGAUCAAACUGAACAGCUCUGCUGUCAUGACUAGCCGUGUGUCUACCAUCAACUUGCCCUCCAGCUGCUCCCCGGUGGGAACAGAUUGCACUGUGAUGGGCUGGGGCACAACCACCACUCCUGAAGGUAAGUGCUGUUGGCAGAGUAGCAACAUUGCAGCUAGGAAGUAGACUCCAGAGAGCAGCAAGGUCAGGUAUUUGUCAAGACAUCAAAACUGGCAAAGGCACGGCUUCUUCAACAAGACUGCUAUCCUCACUUUACACAGAGCACCUGGGAAGGUUGAUGCCUGAAAGGAUUCUUGGUUUGGAUUCUUCGUCCUCACAAUUUAAGUGGGCCCACUGAGCUCGUAUGCUCCAAAGUCUCCAAAAUCCUGGAGGUGGCACUGCACAUAGCCAGAUUUGGAAAAACGCGACUAUCCUUGUCACCUGCAAAUGUGAUCUCUCACAAGCAUCUAACUAGACAAUCCUGGCUUCCAUUUUGUUUUCAGAGACAUAUCCUGACGUUCCUUAUUGUGUUAACAUUACAAUAUUUGACAACCUUGUGUGUGAGGCGGCUUACCCAUGGGACGUGACCGACAACAUGUUUUGUGCAGGAUACUUUGACGGAGGCAAAGAUUCAUGCCGGGUAAGGAUAUGCCAAUUGUGAGCAGGAUUGCUAAGUAAGGAUCAGGCCUGGUAGAUGGGGUGGGAACGGGGGAGCCUGAGGCUUAAAAUCUGUUUCCUCACCCUCAAUGUGCAUUCCUGUACUUGCCUUCUCCAUGUAUGGUAUUAUUACAUGGAGAUGUUGCUUCUCAUGCCAUGGAACCAGUCUUCCUUAGGAAUUCCCAGGGUGAAACUCAUGGCCACGUUGACUGUGGCCAUAGGUAGUGCCGUUUUUCUAGAAGAAGGGGUCCAAGAACUCAUGAACACCUCCCUCUUUCUCUUAGAAUGGCAAUGGCGCCCACCUGAGAGGUGCUGGAACUGAGUUCCUGUGAGUUCCCCCUGAAGAAAAGCCCUGGCCAUAAGGUCCUUUUGUCACACACAUCUGUGGAGCUGUCUGGAAGCCUUGGCAGGAGAAACAAGUGGGAAUGUGAAUGGGCAAUAGAGCAAACUAGGUGGAGCUGGUUUACAGAGGGUACAGCUAGCAAUGGCACUAUGGUUGCUUCCAGACUGCCACGUUUUUGGCAUGAGAUUCAAUCACAUACCAACAAAUUCAGGCCGUACAAUUAAAGCUGUUUUGGCACUCUUGCAAAACACAGCUGCUUCCCCAGAAGAUCGGACUUUUUGCAAUAAGAAAAGUGAAGGGAAAAUACACUGGAACGUGCAUGAUGAUCCUUGUUUGACACAACAAAAAAAUCAAGAUGGGUGCUCAAUAAGCAGGCCACCUGGAAGUGAGCUUUGCCUCUGAAGACCAGUUGCUCGGGAACAUGAGUAGGAGAGGGCUAAUGUAUCUGUGCCCUAUCUGUGAACUUCCCAGAAGCAUCUGGUUUUCCACUGUGCAGGGCUGGCCCAGGACAUUUUGGCACCUGAGGCGAGCCACAAAAUGGUGCCUCCCUCCCUGCCAGGGAAGAAGGGGUGAGUGAAGCUCUACAUCAGGAACAAGGGGCGGCGGGGGGGAAUAAAGAUCUACAUCAAGAUCUACUGCGCCACGGAUCCUGCCGCCUGAGGUAGUUGCUUCACCUUGCCUCAUGGAUGGGCUGGCCCUGCCACUGUGGGAAAUGGGAUGAUGGGCUAGACAGGCCUUUGAACGGAUCCGGCAGGGCUCUUCUUACAUUUCUUGUGAUAGCUCAUUAUUUGUUCUCUCAACAGGGUGAUUCUGGGGGACCCCUUCUCUGUGGUGAUGGAGGCCUCCAAGGUGUGGUCUCUUUGGGGGGCUUCCCUUGCGCUCAGCCUGGUGAACCUGGCAUCUACAUCAAGAUCUGCAAAUUUCUUGAGUGGAUCUGUACUACUAUAGCGGAGAAUACAUUUAAGUCUGGUGCCUGUAAGGAUGGAAUAUUCCAGUAG